GGCUGGGCCGGCGCAAUGUCGCACUGCCUCCGCGUCUCGCCCUUCCUCGCGCCGCCGCCGCUCCUCCUCUGCCGGCCCCGCCGCGCGCGCGCCGGCCGCGGCCACCGCCACGCACCUCGGCCCAUCCUCACCCUCGCGCGCUUCGACCCGCCGCCGCUCCUCCGCCUCAAGGUCUCCGACUCCAGCGACUGCCCUCCCGCCGCCCACCACCACCGCCCGCCCCCGCGGGCCCUGAUCGGCUCCCUCGCCUCCGUAUGGCGCGAGGGCCUCUUCCUCGUGCGCUGCUCCGCCUUCGCCGCCAUCCUCUCCAUCACCGCGGCCCUCUCCUGGUACGCGCAGCUCCGCGCCAGGGCCUUCGUCGAGGCGCGGCUCCUCCCGGCCGCGUGCUCGCUACUCAGCGACCACCUCCAGCGCUCCGUCCGCGUCGGCAAGGUGCGCAGCGUCUCGCCGCUCGGGAUCACGCUCCACGCCUGCUCCCUCGGCCCGCACGCCGCCGCCGGCGAGUUCUCCUGCGCCGAGCUCCCCGUCGUCAGGAUCAGAAUCAACCCCUUCGCCUCCCUCCGCCGCGGCCGGGUCGUCGUCGACGCCCUCCUCUCCGACCCCACCGCGCUCGUCGCGCAGACCAAGGAUUUCUCCUGGCUCGGCAUCCCCGCCCCCUCGGACACCGCGCCCAAGAGGAGUUCCGACGAGGAGGGCAUCGACUACCGCACCAGGACCCGGCGGCUCGCCAGGGAGCAGGGCGGGGAGCAGUGGGACGCUCAGAGGGACGCCGCUGCUAGGCACGCCGCUCAAACGGGAUACCUAGUUCCCAGCGCCCAAUCGCUAACCUCACGCUCCCCCGACGAGAUCUUACUGCAGGAGGAUGAUCGGCCUGUCGGGGCCGGGAAGUCGAGCCCGCCCCUCUGCGCCGACGAGAUGCACAGGAAGGACCGGCACAUGGAUCCGGGCAUCGGUUCGAGUUCGAAGCACGCCGAUUUGGAGAAGACCUUCGGUGUGAAAUCGCGCAUUAUUCCGGGCCUCAACUUCUGGUCUAGGAUGAUCCCCAACCCUGCCAAGCGAAGGCACAGGAGGAAAGCUCACAGCAAGGUGCUAUCGGAUAUUGACAGUUCCUCUCAGGAAAGGAUCCUCCGGCGCAGUGCAGAGGCUGCCGUGGCGUAUUUUCGGAACAUUGAUAGUGGUAACUCAUCCCCUGGUCCUGGGAGUAACUCGUCUGACGGAGGUCACACGGAUGCUGGAGCCACUCCGAAUAAUGCGCCAAUUGUCAGCUCUGAUGAGGUGCCAAAGAAUUCUGGUGAAUUGCCGCCAAGCAGUGGCCAUUUUGUGGACUAUCCAGGUCCAGGAAAGUCUGCAAGUGCAACGCCGAUCAUCAAUACAGAUGACAUCUCUAAACCUAGCCAGCGUAGUUCGCACCACUUCGAUAACGAAAUGUUAGCAUCUGACCGUUUGGAAGAUUUGCAGCAAGGCCACACGUCGGAGGAAUUCGGAAGUCUAUCUGAUGAUAAUAUUGGUCCUCAGCAGGAAUUCACUUCCGGGGAUCUUGGUUCGUGCACAUAUGCUUACAACUGGGCGUCAUUUUGGCCUUUCCAGUUGAAGGGGCCCCAUGUUAGUCUUAAUGCACCGUAUGCUUCUCUGGGUGUUGAAAUUCAGAAGUUCAAGUCACGAUUUGCUAUCGGUCUUGGAGAUGCCCCUGCUGAACUCGUAGAAGGGGUUGGCCAGAUCCAUCCUGGUGGGGCUCAGAAUACACUUCCCAUCACACUAGAUUCUGUUUAUUUCAGCGGAGGGAACUUGAUGCUUCUGGGAUAUGGUGAUCAGGAACCCAGGGAAAUGAAACAAGCUAAUGGACACGUCAAAUUCAAAAACUCUUAUAAUCGUGUACAUGUUCAUGUCACUGGGAACUGCAUGGAGUGGAGACAAGAUCAAACUUCUCAAGGAGGGGGUUACCUUUCUACAGAUGUUUUUGUUGACAUAGCUGAGCAAACAUGGCAUGCUAAUCUGAAUGUAGUCAAUGCCUUUGCCCCGCUGUUUGAGCGUAUCCUAGAAAUACCAAUUGUCUGGCACAAAGGAAGAGCAACUGGUGAGGUGCAUAUCUGUAUGUCAAAAGGUGAUAGUUUUCCGAGCAUUCAUGGUCAGCUUGAUGUGAAAGGCCUAGGUUUCCAGAUAUUAGAUGCCCCGUCAUCGUUUUCGGAAAUAGUGGCAACUCUAUCGUUUCGUGGUCAAAGAGUAUUUCUGCAUAAUGCAAGUGGUUGGUAUGGUGAUGUUCCUGUUGAAGCUUCUGGUGAUUUUGGUCUAAAUCCUGAGGAUGGAGAGUUCCAUUUAAUGUGCCAGAUUCCUUCUGUCGAAGUUAACGCACUUAUGAAGACGGUGAAAAUGAAGCCUCUAAUGUUUCCGUUGGCUGGUGCUGUUACUGCUGUAUUUAAUUGUCAAGGGCCUCUUGAUGCUCCUGUUUUUGUUGGAAGUGGGAUUGUCUCAAGGAAAUCUCUUUCAGUAUCUGGUAUGCCUCCAUCUGCAGCUUCUGAAGCUGUGAUGCAAAAUAAAGAGGCUGGUGCAGUUGCUGCAUUUGAUCAUAUUCCUUUUUCUCACGUAUCAGCAAAUUUCACUUUCAACCUGGAUAACUGUGUUGCAGACUUAUAUGGUAUAAGAGCAUGCCUUUUGGAUGGUGGAGAAAUUCGAGGGGCUGGUAAUGCAUGGAUUUGCCCAGAGGGGGAAGUUGAUGAUUCUGCUAUGGAUAUUAAUUUAUCUGGGAGCAUUUUACUUGAUAAGGUUUUGCAUCGUUACAUACCUGGAGGUAUCCAGCUGAUUCCACUCAAAAUCGGCGAGCUCAACGGAGAGACUAGACUUUCUGGUCCCCUGAUUAGACCGAAAUUUGAUAUCAAAUGGGCAGCACCGAAUGCAGAAGAUUCUUUUUCUGAUGCACGUGGCAACAUUGUUAUUGCGCAUGAUUAUAUUAAGGUUAACUCAUCGUCAGUUUCAUUUGACUUAAAUACUCGUAUUCAAACAUCAUAUAUUGAUGACUACUCGUCGCACAAGGAGAUGCAUCAAAUGAAAAAAAUAAUGCCACUAGUUGUGGAGGGUGUCGAUUUGGAUUUACGUAUGCGAGGCUUUGAAUUCGCUCAUAUAGCUUCUUCGAUACCUUUUGAUACACCAAGGCCAUUACAUUUGAAAGCAUCUGGAAGGCUCAAAUUUCAAGGAAAAGUGGUGAAACCUAGCCAUAUAGUUGAUGAAAAGAUCUAUGGUGCUCUUCGAAGUAUUGUUGACCAAAGUAAGGUCCAGAGCGAUGUGUCAAUGCUUGUCGGGGAGAUUUCUCUGUCCGGAAUAAAACUUAACCAACUUAUGCUGGCACCUCAGUCUACUGGUUUUCUUUCCUUGUCACAAGAUUCUGUGAUGUUAAGUGCUACAGGCAGGCCUGAUGAAAAGAUUUCCAUAGAAGUGAACGGGCCGUUGUUUUUUGGUAGAAAUGAGGUCAUUCAAGAUGAAAGCCUUCUAUCAAUUUUUCUUCAAAAGGGGCAGCUGAAAUCUAAUAUAUAUUAUCAUCCCGAAAGUUUGACUAAUUUGGAGGUUCGGAAUUUGCCACUCGAUGACUUGGAGCUUGCAUCGUUACGUGGAUUUGUUCAGAAGGCAGAAGUUCAGCUUAAUUUCCAGAAAAGAAGAGGUCACGGUUUGUUAUCAGUAAUUCGUCCCAAAUUUAGUGGUGUGCUUGGUGAAGCACUUGAUAUAGCUGCUCGAUGGAGUGGUGAUGUUAUUACAAUGGAAAAGUCAGUCCUAGAGCAAUCUAAUAGCAAGUAUGAGCUUCAGGGGGAAUAUGUAUUUCCUGGAACACGUGAUAGAUUUCCUAUGGAAAGUCAUGGUAAUGGGUUCAUAGAGAAAGCAAUGGGAGGACAUCUUGGCAGCAUUAUGUCUUCGAUGGGCAGGUGGAGGAUGAGACUAGAAGUUCCUGACGCUGAAGUAGCUGAAAUGCUUCCCUUGGCACGGCUUCUUUCACGAAGUACAGAUCCAGUUAUUCGUUCUAGAUCGAAGGAACUUUUUAUGCAAUGCCUGCAUUCUGUUGGGUUCAAUGCUGAAAGUCUUCGAGACCAGAUAAAGGCAGUCGAAAUGUAUCAUGAUUGGUUGGACGAUGAUACAAUUGAAGACAUAACUCUCCCUGCCUUAGCUGAACUGAAAGGUUAUUGGCGUGGCUCUCUUGAUGCCAGUGGAGGAGGGAAUGGAGAUACUAUGGCUGAUUUUGAUUUCAAUGGUGAAGAUUGGGAGUGGGGCACUUACAAGACGCAGCGUGUUCUGUCAUCUGGUUCAUAUAGCAAUAAUGAUGGUCUACGUCUUGAUAAAUUGUUUAUUCAGAAGGAUAAUGCCACCCUUCAUGCUGACGGAUCGAUUCUUGGCCCGCUAACGAAUCUUCACUUCGCUGUGCUUAAUUUCCCAGUCGGUCUUAUACCAGCUUUAGUUCAGGCUCUAGAAUCAUCAACUACAGACUCGAUUCACUUUCUGAGGCACUGGUUGACACCAAUAAAAGGUAUUUUGCACAUGGAGGGAGAUUUGAGAGGUACUCUUGCAAAACCAGAAUGUGAUGUUCAAAUUAGACUUCUUGAUGGCACCAUUGGAGGCAUUGAUCUUGGAAGAGCUGAAGUAUUGGCUUCUGUAACCCCAACCAGCCGUUUUGUUUUUGAUGCAAAUUUUGAACCAACUAUUCAAAGUGGACAUGUUAACAUUCAAGGUAGUAUCCCUGUCACGUAUGUAGACAGCAGCUCCAUGGAGGAAAAUUUGGAAGCUGGAGAUGGUAAACAGGGUAUAAUAAGAAUCCCUGUUUGGGCAAAAGACAGAGGGUCAUCUAAUGAAAUCAGUGAAACUAGAACUGUGAGGGACAAGCCGGAGGAUGGUUGGGAAUUUCAGUUGGCCGAAAGUCUAAAAGGUUUAAGUUGGAAUUUUCUUGAACCAGGUGAAGUGAGGGUAAAUGCAGAUAUAAAGGAUGGUGGCAUGAUGUUGAUAACCGCGCUGAGUCCUUACGCGAACUGGCUUCAAGGCUACGCUGAUGUGCUCCUUCAGGUUAAAGGCACUGUCGAUCAACCUGUUGUUGAUGGGUCUGCAUCAUUUCAUCGAGCAACUGUGACGUCUCCUUUCCUCCGGACGCCACUUACAAAUUUUGCUGGUAAUGUUAAUGUCAUAUCCAACAGACUGUGCAUCAAUUCCAUGGAAAGCAGGGUUGGGAGGAAAGGGAAAUUGUCGAUGAAAGGGACCCUACCGCUGCAAAAUAGCGAGCCAUCAGCCAGUGAUAAGAUUGAGUUGAAAUGUGAAGUUCUGGAUAUACGAGCAAAAAAUGUUUUAAGUGGCCAAGUAGACAGCCAGCUGCAGGUUACAGGCUCAAUUCUGCGGCCAGAUGUCUCUGGGAUGAUCAGAUUAAGCCAUGGCGAAGCAUAUUUGCCUCACGAUAAAGGCAAUGGUGCUGUUACUACUAGGUUGGCUUCAAACAAGUCCAGCUAUCUUCCUGCUGGUUUUGGUCAAACAACCACUUCACAGGAUGUCUCACGUUUCCUGGGAGCACUCUCAACUUCGCCAGACAGUCAGCAAACAGAAACAGAAAGGACUCUUGAGCAUGGAAGUUUCAAGCCAAACAUUGAUGCCCGACUCAAUGACCUGAAGCUCACGUUGGGACCAGAACUAAGAAUUGUUUAUCCUUUAAUUCUGAAUUUUGCUGUCAGUGGCGACCUUGAGCUUAAUGGCAUGGUUCAUCCAAAGUACAUAAGACCGAAGGGUAUUUUAACAUUUGAAAACGGUGAGGUAAACUUGGUAGCUACACAGGUUAGACUUAAAAAUGACCAUUUAAAUGUAGCAAAGUUUGAGCCUGAUCUUGGUUUGGAUCCUGUUCUGGAUCUUGUCCUUGUUGGAUCUGAAUGGCAAUUCAAAAUCAUGAGUCGAGCAAGCAUGUGGCAAGAUAAUCUAGUUGUAACGUCGACACGCUCUGUGGACCAGGAUGUUUUGUCACCUAGUGAGGCUGCAAAAGUUUUUGAGUCACAGCUUGCAGAGUCACUAUUGGAAGGUGACGGACAGCUUGCUUUCAAGAAGCUCGCAACUGCAACUCUAGAAACUUUGAUGCCAAGGAUUGAAGGCAAGGGUGAGUUUGGACAAGCACGGUGGCGGCUGGUUUAUGCUCCUCAGAUUCCGAGUUUGCUGUCUGUAGAUCCAACAGUUGACCCACUCAAAUCACUGGCAAACAAUAUCUCUUUUGCUACGGAGGUUGAAGUUCAGCUUGGAAAACGCCUUCAGGCCUCUGUUGUAAGGCAGAUGAAAGAUUCAGAAAUGGCGAUGCAGUGGUCGCUGAUAUACCAGCUAACAAGUAGGCUCCGUGUCCUCUUCCAAUCUACACCGUCCAAUCGGCUUCUCUUUGAGUACUCGGCAACGUCACAGGAUUGAUCCAUUUUUGCCACUUGCACAGUCAGUUGCUAUCUUAGACAAAGGUUCCGUGUCCCCCGAUUAUUUGUUUCUGUAGAUAAUGCAAGUAUUGGCACUCCUGCGUUUUUUUGCUCUUGGCUGUAGGUAGAUUUCUUGGAAACAAAGUUUCUGAGACUGUACAUACGUAGCAAGUCGAGCUCUCGUUGCGUGAGAUGUAAAGAAACGCCUGUAUAAAUGACAAAGUUCUGCAGUGUCUGCGUUAACGUGGUGCUCCUGUAGGUACCAAUUUUUGUUAGUUAGGAAAUGCAUAACUUUUGGCUCAUCAUAUAAAGAUGUACCGAGGAUUUUCAGCUGUAUUUUAUAUGAUAUCAAACAAAAUGUUAUCCAUUUUAUUAUUGGUUAAUCACUUGUACACAA